UUACUUUCUCACAUUGUCUUCUUACUUUUUCUUUCUGACUCUCACUCUCUGUUUCCUCCCUCUGAAAAAUGGCGAGCAGCACAGCCGGUGACAAAGCUAGGCGCAACAAUGACAGGCACAGUGGUCGUCCCAUCGGGGGAAAGCCAACCACACAGGAAGAGAAAAAAACAUUUCCUUGUGAAAACUGUGGUCAUGUCUGGUCAUGCAAGAAUGAAGCGAACGAGUGCCUGAAAAAGCACAAGGUGACCGAAGAGAGGCGCAAUGCUGAGGCGUCGACUAAGGCCGCUGAAGCAACUCAGGCUUCCCGCCGCUGCCCGACAUGUGAUGCUGUUUGGCUGAACGGAGAUGCCAUCAGAGAUUGCCGACUGAAACAUUUUCAAGGGUCACCCCAUGGCUCUUAUUCUACAGAUGCAUAAGGAGCAUGGGACUCUAAGUAUUAGAAUAAAAAAAUGGUCUAAUUUUUAGUUUUGUGUCUUCUUGUCUUGAGUUUCUUUAGUGUGGAGUACUCUUUUCCUUCUUUGGGUUUUUCCCAUUGAAGGUUUUUAAUGAGGCUCAUUUUUUUUUUUUCUCUAUCAUGAGAGGAGUGUUCUCAUGAACCUUCCCUCUAUCAA